AUGGCUUCUUCAGUAUCUUUACCUUUAGUUGUCUGGCAUAACUUUUCCAAUCCAAACACCACAUGCAUCACCACAAGUUAUCCUUAUGUUUAUGCUGGACAAAAGGAUGGCCACAUCUGGGUGUAUACUCUCUCAGAAGAACAAGAUCCACCCACCUUACAGCACAAGUUCCUCCUCGUGGGCCAUAAAACUGCCAUCGCUGCCUUGUGCGUCUUGAAGACAGAGACAGGCGCUUUACUAAAGACAGAGGAUGUAUUGAUUAGUGCAUCUGAAGACGGUGAAAUUGCGCGUUGGAAUGCUUCAGAUGGUCGCUGUCAAGCAGUGAAUCCAACUGGAUUUUACGGUAUCCCGCGACUUUUGAAAGUAUUUACACAGUUUUCUGAUAGACAUAUCUUUUGCUGUGGACAAGCAAAUGAAAUUACGAUUUUGAAUGCAACAACACUGGAGGUGGUUCGAGUGUGGGGCGGUCAUUCGAAUUGGGUCACUUGCAUGGAUUUCCAUGAUCCAGGUACAAAACGUUCGAGAUUACUGACAGUAACCAUCGAUGGAAAACUCAACAUCUGGGACUUUGAUGCCACAAAGCACAUUAUAUACAAGGAUCAAACCAUGCCAAACGGACCUUCCUUAUUGAGCAACACAACAUCGUUUGAUUCGGCCUUCAACCUGAUUGGAAACGCAUCUGUGCCUGGUAUGUGUAUGGCAUUGACUAGCAAGCAUAUCAUGAUUCUGUUGAUGCAAAACACUGCGUUUGUGUCUCAAUUUGUGAUUCCUGCUGAACCACUGACAAGCUGGGCUGGUGGUUCAUUCUUUGGGCAAGACCGAUUUGUGAUAUGGACAUUGAAUGGCCAAAUUUUCGACUACAUGUUACAUCCUCCUGAAAGUGGGCCUUCAGAAUCCAUCUCGGAUGGCAAUGAGAGAUUAUGCUACAGUGCUACUCUUGUGCGUACAUACAAUUUGAGCAAGGGUGAUCUCAAACAGAGUGGAACUAUAGUAACAGCAAUAGCAAGCAAACCAGACCAAAACACGCACCAACUCUCAGCGAUCACUAUAUCCAAUCAUCCCGAGUCAUCUGGCUUCUCCAUUGUGCCUCUAUCGUUUGAUCAGGAGGGAGACAGCGCUGUAGAUUAUAACACAGAUGCUAGUUUUGCUGAUGUAUGGCCUCUGGUGGAAAAAGGAGACCCUAAAUUUGGAAACAUCACCGCGACCGCACCUGUCAACACCAAUCAUCUAGCUAUAGGCUAUGAUUCUGGGACCAUUUGUGUUGUGCCCUUGUCAUUGGCAUUACUGCACUUGACAGAUAUAUCAAAACAUUUAGGAAAACGAGAUGAUGUGAGGAUAUUUGAACAUGCUCAUCACAGCGCAGUUACUUGCAUGAUUGUUCCUGAGCACUGUGUUUCAGGGCAGCCAUAUUUACUAUCAGGCGGUCAAGACGGAGCUGUCAAAAUAUGGAAUUUGAUUGAUGGAAAGUACGUCGCAUCCUGUGCAGUGCACUCAAUGCCUGUGGAGGCCUUUAUCGAACCUGCAGAGCAAAAAGAUACCCGUGUGAGAGGUUGCAUUGUGUCCAUUGCCAAGGACAACUCGAUCGCAUUGAUUUCAGUGGAUUCUAUGACAUGUCUUUUUAUCUUCCCUGGCAACCCAUAUCCAUUGACGACGAUUCAGUGGAGAACUACCGAGGAUUACCUUGUAUUUGGUUAUAAUGACGGUAGUCUGUAUGUCUGGCAGAUGCAAACGGCUCAUUUAGAUCGUGUAUUACAUGGCAAAAAUGCCCGUGAUGUUUUAGAGGACGAUCGUUGGCCAAGCAACCAUAUUGCCGCACCCGUUGCCACGAAAUCAGCUGGCAAUAAUUCCAAGCAGACGGUCACCAUACGCUCCAUCAUGGCCAACGACAAUGCUCUUCACACCAAAACCAAUUUUGCACAGGUUUUCACAUUCAAUAUCCGUCGUUUGGUGCAUGAUUUGUACACCAGAGUAUCCAUAUUGAGUCAAGAUGACUCUCAGCUGGCCCAGGAUCCUUCAAUUCAUCCCAUCUUGAAGGCCUCCAUGUCUUCCUCUUCAUUUGAUGCCGUCGUUCCCGACAUUCUGACAUUCAGACCUGACAAGGAUGAUCCUCUCGAUGUCUCUGGUGAUCAACACUUAGAGGGAGAAGAGACAGACGCCAUCAAAAACAAGCACAAAAAGAACGAGGAGCAACGGCAGAAGCGCAUCGAAUUGAUCACAGCUGUUGUAUCCACGAUUGCAUCAUGGAAUAUCAGUGAAGCAUUUGAGCAUCUUUGUUGCAAGACAUUGCACUUGACCAGGCACACCAGCCCCAGCAUUAGUUUUGGUCUCAAAGGGGCAAACGGCAAUCUCUCCAUCCUGGCCCCUCUCAAGAGCGAGAGAUCUGCUUGGACCAUAUCACCCUCCAUGACUGCCAACAGAUUACUGGCCAUAGCCCUGCUGGCUAAAGCCAUCAUCUUUAUUGCAGGACAAGAGAGCAAGAGCUCAGAUCUGAUAUCAGGAUACGCUAUGGCACUGCCACUGAUCAUUGGCAAGGACUAUUGUUUCCCUUCAUUAUCACUGUUGAGCAAAUACUGGCAAGAUCCAUCAGCGAGAUCCCUCUUUUCAAGCGCUGUUACUGGACUCUCCAAACAAGACAUUACGGCACUGGUGGAUUAUUGGGAAGCCUUCUUACCUACGUCGAGUUCACCAGAGAAUAGUGGCCCUCAAAUGAUGGCACGUGCAUCCAUUGUCCUUGGUAUUAUGGGAUGUGAUCAACCGCAGACACUCUCUCCUCGUGUUCGUAAAUCAACCGCUCUCAGUCUGACCAUCCUAUUAUCCGACGCUGAAUUGGAUGAUUCUCGUCAUCACACCAAUGCAGAAGGUGAGCAAACACUGUCUACGGGGUCCAUGGCGCGCACAUUGUCUUCUAUGGAGCUGCUGAGUCAAGGAUUUCAGACAUGGGAAACGUACAUUAACGCAGCCGAGGUGCUAAGGACGCUGUUUAUGUAUGCGACAGAUCCACAGCCUGUCAUGGCCUUGGUGAGUCGUGGUGCUAAAACUGCCAUCUUUCAGAUUUCAGCUGCCAACAUGCCGUUGGUGAUAAGUACAUUGACAUUUGAUACCAUGAAUGCAAAGGCCCUCGAUGAUCGUCUACGGUGUCUCAAGAUUAUUGGCUCUUUUAUACGGAAGGAACCCAUCUUGUUGUUCUCGCAUAUUCACAGUGUGGUGGAGGCAGUGGUGAAGACACUUGAUCCCAACGUGCCUCAUAUGAGAGAGACCAUGUUGCAGUCUGUCACGUCCAUCCUACAUGACCUCGUCAAAACAUACCCUUCCGUUGAUUUCAGCAGCAGUGCGCAGAAACUAGCAGUAGGUACAUUGGAAGGAGCAUCCGUGGUGUAUGAUCUGCGGACAGCCACUCGAUCUGUUGUAUUGGAAGGACACGUUGGACCUGUCUCUGUUUUAGCAUUUUCUCCAGAUGCCAAGCUGAUUGCUACAUGCUCUCUUGCUGACCAAAGUGUUCGUGUGUGGUAUACAAAUAUGAGUUUGUUCGGCAUGUUGACAAGCAGCUUAUCGCAAGGAUUGGGUUCGAAUCAUAACACACACACUGUGAAUUCAAGCACAACUACCAAAACCACAACUUUAUCUUCUUCUUCAGGCACGCAAAAGCCUUACAAGGUUUUUUCUUUUGCCAUGCCAGACAAUGCCUUGAACCCCACAGACAUUAUGAAACAGGUACGAUUUGAUUGGACUUCGACCAAAUGUGUCAAGCUAUGUGUUCAGGAUCUAGUCAUGAGUUUUAAUGUAUAG